AUGCCCAAAGAUUUAUCUAAAGCAGCCUACGAUGCGACCAUGCAGUUCGAUGAAGGGCUUAUAGACUUCUUCAGAGGCGCCCCGGAAGUCAAACUUCCCAACGGGUUGCAGCGCAAGUUCAUCAGGGAAUAUUUGCGUGCCCGUGGUAGAACUACUACUACUGCGCCUAUCCAUGUGGACGAACGACAGGCACUGAAGGUAUACCUGGGCCGAGUGACGAGGUGGUACAACACCUUCUAUGCAAUCUGUGCAUUCUGUGGCGUUGAAUCCCUAAUCGAAACUGAAGGUUCUAAUUAUUCCUCGACCUUUCAAUGCAAGCACGAUACUUGCGAUGACAAGGACAAAAUACAAUAUACCAAGUACCAUGAGGAGAUGCAGCCAUCCACCUAG